UAAUGUGUAAUGACUUGAAACGAUCGCGGAAGACGUUGACUAUUUCAGAAAGGGUGACGGUUAUGAAACAUUUGAAUGCAAGCAGGACUGUCCUAAUUGAGCUGAAUGUGUGUUUGAAGUGUCGAAGUUGAAAAAUGUCUCAAGGAGAUGAGGGCCACAAAAACUCCAGCGUUCGCACCGAUUACAGUGAGGUUACAGUUCAUCGGCUAAGGUCAAUACAGUAACUCAGAUAACCUGACCUUAAGUUUUCAUUGUGAAUAAAGAUAACCGGAUUAAAGCACUCCGGGCCUUUCCGGGACUGAAAUAAGGACAGGUGGGCUACACACCAAUAGUGAUUCCCUUUCUAUGAAGUAUUACUUUUCAAAGACCAGCAUAAAGUGAAAUAUUGAAACCUGCUGUUCAGUUAAAGUUAAUGUUUUAUUGCCAUCUGCAAAAGCUCCAUCAGGAAUCUACAGGAUAAAAUCCAUGUUCCGAUUAAAUCGCACCGAUGUCUUGGUACACAAAUUCAGAUACUACAAUUUUUAUUGAAUGUGUUCAGCUAAAAACAAACAUUGUGUUGUUAGUCCUUAGCCACGAGCAACAUGGUUCAACUGGCUGUUGAUUCUCCUUGUGUUCUUCCCCAUAGUAAAAACUGAGAAAGAUGCACUGUCAAAAAUGAUGUCUGAAGGCAGUCAGUGCUGGCCGUGUUAACAAAUACAUUGUGUUUCCUGUGGCUGCCCCACAAUAAAGGCUUUCCCAAUCAAAACAUUCCAUGUGAUGCCAUCCCCGCUGAUGCGAUGAUCAAAGGUGCGCGCACUCCUGUGAUCACGUAGUGUGACACGUAGUGAAUCCUCUCAGAAGCCCAUUUGAAUCACAGCAGACACAGAGGCGAGUGACUCAGAGUUACUUGACCACAUUUGAAAAUACAAAACCGGACCAAGUCUGAGGCGGACAACAUGGUACUGACAACGCAAUGAGAAUGAGCUCGGUCACUGGUUCACCGCUUGCGUAGCCAAAUCCUCCCACAGAGCCAAAUGAACGGAGCUGCUUUCCCCUCCCCCACGGCAGAGAUGGCGGAGAUGAACCGUAUCCAGUAUGAGCUGGACUACACUGAGGGGAUCAGCCAGAGGAUGCGCAUCCCUGAGAUGCUCAAAGUCCACGAGGACCCCGCUGGUGGAUCUCACUUGGUCCCCCGCAGUGUCAUGAUGCAAGUCCCAGAGAGAAUUGUGGUUGCAGCAGGAGACAAUAAUGACCUCCACUUCUCCAGACCCAGAGAUCUAGACUUAAUCCAGUCGACGCCACUUGAAGCCCUAUCACUGAAGACACCACCCCGAGUCCUCACCCUGAACGAGCGACCGCUGGACUUCAUGGAAGAGGAGCAGCGAAUGGCCCCAGAUUCCGAGGAGGUGUUGCGGCCCCAAGGACGAUUACGACGAGAACGCUCAGCCAGUGAGAAUGCAGCUCUCCGUCACAACAGUCAGCUGAUGAAAAACGAUUCAGCUGCGACCCUGCCCCCCCCAGCCACUGUCCACCCUUGUCCCCCUCUCACCGUGACCGAGGAUGAGCACAACCUGUACAGCGCUAACAGCGUAUUAUCUUUCAUCCAGUCCACUUCACGUCGGGCCUACCAUCAGGUCCUGGAGGUCUUGGAUGAGAACCCUCGCAGCAAUCCGUCCCUGAGAGGGGGGUCGGCUUCGAGCUCCAACCCCCAGCAUGAGUCCAGGCUUGCAUUAGCAUCUUAUGAAGCCACACUAGACGGAGGGCCUGAUGAUAUGACUGUGGUUGAUGCGACAACACUUCGACGUCAGCUCAUCAAAUUGAACCGGAGACUCCAACAUUUGGAGGAGGAGAACAAGGAGCGUGCCAAGCGAGAGAUGAUCCUGUACUCGGUCACCGUGGCUUUCUGGCUCGUCAACACUUGGGUGUGGCUGCGACGUUAGAGAGCUGAUCCGUACCUUUCUGCCGUCGCCUUGACAAAGAGAACGUACUAUCCUUAUUCUGUGUCAAAUGUUAGCUACUCGCUGCACUCGGGCCCUGUGUGACAAAGACGUUGACACGCGUGCAAGGCCUUUUGGGCACAGGGCUGAUAUUUAGAUUUUUGUUUAUUUAAUACAUGUACAGUUUUAUUUUUUUACUCCCCUCUCGUUCUGUCUAUUCUGUUGUAUUAUGCUUUGUUUUUAUUUGAGAUCUUACAUCUCAAUGCUAAGCAUGACUUGUUGUAAAUAUUUGUUCACGUCACAGGAAUUCACCCAGAGCUACGGCAUAGCAUAGUUCAACAAUAUAAGAAAAAUUGGAGCCGCAAAGUGACGGUGUAACAUGUUGAAUAUUUAAUGCGAGUGAGAGUCGUAUGUGACUUGAACCGGGAAAUGUAACAGAAUUUAAUAAAGCCAUACAUGUGA